AUGGCAAGCAAUCAAAAUAGUACUAUAAAGAAACAAUUAUCCAUAUCAUCAUCUUCAAUGAAGAUGGAUACCGUUAGAAAUCGAGUUAAUGAUCAAUUAGAUAUUGCAGAUGAUGGUUUAGAUUCUUUAUCGAGGAAUAAUAAUGAUCCAGACAACAGAAGACCAUUUUCUUUUUCAAAUAUUUUAACCAAAAAAAAUAGAAAUUCAAAUGCAAGUAUCUUAUCUUCACAUAAUAAUGAUAAUGUUAAUUUUGUAAUGGAUCUAAGUGAUAAUUUAUUACAUGAAUGCAGAAAAUUACAAUCAGAAAUUGAAAGAAAGUCUAAAAAAUUAAAAAGGUUGGAUGAAGAUAAUAAAACUUUAACUAAAAAUUAUGAAAUAUUGAAUUCAAAAUUUAACACUACACAGAAAGAUUAUGAAUCAUUGAAAACAAAUAAUUGGGAAUUAGAAUCGAAUUAUGUUAACGUAUCAAAUGAAUUAAACCAAUUGAAAGAUCAUUUCCAAAAGCAAAAGAAAGAAUUAAAUAAGAAUAAAUCAUUAGCAGAGGAAACUAAUGUUAAAAAUGAAGCAUUAUACUUAGAAAAGAUAGGUUUGGAAAAUAAAAUAAAUUCCGAUACUAAAAAAUAUCAGUCAGAAAUAAAUAACUAUAAAGACCGUAUUAAUGAAGUAAAUGAUAUAAAUAAUGAUUUGAAUACAAAGGUAUCUGAGCUACAGCACACAAUAAAGGUAUUGACUGUCGAUAUUGAGAAAAAUACUAUUAGAACUAGAGAAUCGCCAGUAGUUGCAGAAAGUAUCCAUAUGGAUAAUAAUCUUAUGCCAAUAAGCGUGUUCAAUGAAGAAGAACAGAUAUCUGAGGAUAAGCGAAAUUUUGAUAGUGAAUUUUCUAAAGAUUUACAAUAUCAAACAUUGAAAUCAAAUUUAACACAUGCACAUCAAAUGAUAGCGAAAUUGAAGAAACAAAUUGUAAUAUUGAAAUCAAAUAAAUCAAUUGAAGCCAUAAAUAAUGAAGAUUAUGAUGAUAGUGAUGAUGAUGGUGAAAAAGAGUUAUCUUCUUCGAAUUUAAUAAGAAACAAAGGGAUGGAAGAUAAAAUAGUAGAUGAAGCUCAUAUUAAAUACACUGAUGAUACCCCGAUGAAUAUUGAUAAUAUGGAAUUGAUUAAUUUUAAAAACAACGAAUACGAAGUAGAACUCACCAUGAUGGAAGUUCAACAAUAUGCUAGAAAGAAUGAUUGUAUGAUAUUGACAAAUACAGAAUAUUCAGCACUGAUGAAAAAAAUUGAUGAAAGAUCAAAUAUGAAGGCAUUCGAAGCGAGUCCCUCUAGCGACAAGAUUUACAUUGAUAAAAUUGAGUUAGAGAACUCCUACCUUGAUAUUAGGAAUAUUAAUGUUGAGAAAAUUAUUGAACUAGCUAAUGAAAAUAACUUAGCAGUGCUAAAAACAGAGGAUAUGGAUAACUUAAAAGAAAAGAUUGAUAAACCAAGUCAAGACUAUCUGAUUGAAAAAGCUAAUGAAAAUAACCUAGUAGUCUUAAACCAAAAAGAUUAUGAAUUACUAGUUGAUAAAGUUAACAGUCCACCGCUGGAGUAUAUUGCAAAUGCUGCUAAAGUACAUGGAUACAUCUUAAUUAAUUCUGAGAAUGUUUCUAAAUCAUCUACAUUAUCACAAAAUAAUGGGGAACUCUCGUUGAAUACUGAUUCGAUUCUAAUUAGUAGAUCUGAUUACCAAGAUAUGUUAAAUGAUUUAAACAAAAAUUUGAGCAAAGAAGAAGUAAUUAGCUUAUGCUCCAAAUACAAUAUAGUUCCCUUACCGGAGAAGAAAUAUGACGAGUUAACAAAAGGACCUAAUAAAGAGACAAUGUCAGAGUUUGCAAAUCUGUAUGGUUAUAUUGCUUUGCCUAGAGAGGAUUAUGAUGUAUUAAAAUCGAGUGCAGAAUAUCCGUCAAAUGAUGUUCUUGAAAAGACUGCUAAAGCUAGAGGGCUAUCUUUAGUGAAAUUCUCCGACUAUGAAGUUCUUCUAAACAAAACUAACAAUCCUAGUAAGAAAGAUGUUGAAGCUUACGCCGAAAAGCUAGGAUUAAAUGUUCUGACAAGUGAAGAUUAUGGAGCUCUUGUUAAUAAAUUUAAUGAUAGAUCAGUUGUGGAAACUGUAUCUCCUUCUUCGAAAGUAUUGGCAAACAAGCAAUUUUUUGAGAAAGUUAUUCGUGAAGAGAAUUCAAGUCAAGAAAAGAUAUUGAAGUCCACAAAAAAGAUGGGUUUUGUCACAUUAUCUUCAGAGGAAUAUUCAAACUUGAAAAAGAAUCAAAAGGAUCAUAUAAUGACUAAGACAGAUAUCUAUAAUGGUGCAAAGGAUUACGAUUUGACUGUAUUGCCAACAGAUGAAUAUAAAAGUUUAUUAAAAAGAAAAAAUACAAUGAAUAGUAUAUCCUUUGAUGAUAUUAAGGAAUAUGCAGCAAACUUUGAUAUGAAAUUAACUCCUCUUGGUGUUCAAGAGUUUGAAUCACCACGAAAACUUAAUCUCAAUAAUCCAGAGUCAGGAAGAGGUGCUUCUUUGGUGUUUAAUAGCUUAAAUAAUUCUGCAUUAUCAGUCAAUUCUACAUCAACAGAGCACUCACUGUAUUACGAUGCAAAUGAGAGUUUGGCGAAAUCAUCACAGUCAUUAACUAGUCGUGAUGGCAUUCCAUAUAAGAAUGUUGGUAGAUUAUUAAGUAAAUCUAGCUUGCUUGAUUUUAGCCAGAUUCCGACAAAAACAAAGCUUGUUAAUAUGAUUAAUAAUGUCGAGGACCAUGAUAAUAAAAGCAUAGAUGACACUAUAUCUCUAUCUGAUGUAUCUACAAUUCAUACUAUAGCUUCUAAAGAUGAUCAGGAUACAGAAGGUCUUUGUUUUGACGUUUUAAAUCACCAUGCGAAGUCAUUGGGAUAUAAACUAGUACCCAUUACUAGAAGUGGUGUUGAAGAAGGGGUAGUACGUACAAUUGGUAUUGAUGAUGGUUUGAACUUUGCCUCCGACAUUGGAAUUAAUCAAGGUAAACAUUUGUUCAACGAUAAUGAAGACAGUGAUGAAUCUAAUUUUGGAGCAUUACAAGAAGGACUAAUGGAUGAGAGUCAGUUGGAUUCUAAUCAAUCAUCUAAUGAUAAACUUCUGAAAAAUGUCUCUAUUUCACAAGAAGAGUUUGCUGAAUAUUUGAUGCUUAAAACAAAAUAUCAACAAAAUAAACAGUCUGACGUUGCAAAUUCAGAUUAUUACAACUCUGAAAUUAACUCUUCUCCUUCAAUUAAUGAUUACAAAAGACCUAAAGAGGAAAAUAACAAAGAUCUUUAUGAUUUUGAAACAUUACAAAAGUACUCAAGCGAAAUUGGUAUGAAACUUAUCUCAGCAGAUGACUACGAACUUAAUAUACAGAAAAUUGGAGAGUUAGAAAAGGAGAUUGAGACCAAAAAUUCUGAUCUACUAGAAUUUGAGAAUAUAUCUAAAAGUAUGAACCAAAUAAAGGUAGAAAAUGAAACUUUAAAGAGUGAUCUUGAAAAACUUCAAUUAGAACGUGAAGCUCUUAAUGAAGAUAAUAAAAGGAAAAUAGAGGAAGUUGAAUUAUUAACCAUUACACUAAGAUCUUUAGAAACUGAGAAGAACGAAUUAGAAAAUACAGUGAAUGAAGCCAUAAGUUUAACUCAGGAUAAGGAAAAUGAAAACCAAACAACAAUGAAUGAAAAUCUGGAGUUAAUACACAAAUAUGAAACACUGCAAACAGAAUAUGAUAACCUAAAAUGUGAAGUUGAUGUGAAUUCAGAAAAUAGACAUCCAGAACAAAAUGAUAAUAUUGAUCUUGAUAAGAUUCGGUAUAUGGCCGAUGAUUUAGGUAUUGUAGUUUUAAGUAAAGAUGAUUAUGCUGAGUUAAUUAACACGAGUAUUCAAGGUGAUUUUAUAAAUCCUCAUUCAACCAUUGAAAAAUCUUCUGAAAGUAGAGAACCUAAUAUUCUGAGCGAAGAUGAGAUUAGAAAUCACUGCUCUAAGUUAGGACUUGUUGUGAUGGAUCUAUCUGAAUACAAGAAAUUAUCAGAAGGAGAUCAAAAAAGCUCAUCUAACUUUAAUCAUCUAAUCUCGUCAACCUUGCCAAUACCAAUUCCUAUUCCAAACUUGGUUGCAAAUUCCAACAUUGCCACUUCAAUUCCCAAUGUUGGUGAAAUAAGUGAGAACCACUUACUUGAAAAUGAUAAUAAAUCUAUCCAAAAGGAUCUAGGAGAUGAUUUCACUGAUGUUAAUGAGAUUUCUGAGCUCAAGCAAACUCAAAAAGAGAGUCAAGAAAUUAAAAAAGAUUGGUCUCCUCUUAAAGAAGAGAUUAUUUAUUAUGCUCAUGAACAUGGUUUAGAAGUCAUAAACAAUGACGAUUACAUGCGCUUAGUUCAGUUAGAAAGGGAUAGUAACAUUCUUGAUAUGAAUGAAGAAACUCUUUCCAAAAAAGCUGCUGAAAUGAAUUUUAUUCUAGUUAAUAUUGAGAAAUUUAAGUCUAUAGAGGCAGAACUAAACAAUCCUUCUAUAAGUAAAGAGUUAUUAUAUUUGGAGGCAGAGAAGCAAGAUUUGGUCGUGUUAGAAAGAAAAAAAUAUCUAGAAAUGAAUGCAAAUAUUAGUGAUAUAAGUUACUUGAGAGAUGAGGAAGAGGGAAAUAGUUUUGCUGAAGAUGACACUCAAUAUAUCAGUGAAGAAAUUAGUCAAAUAAAACAAAAAGCUAGCAGUUUUGGUUAUAUAUGUGUACCUGGAAGCUCCUUUGUUCCUACCACUUCUUCUAAAACUCCAGAUUCUGAAGAUACUGUUCUGUUACCUUCUUCAUACUACCAGAAAUUGUUAAUAUCAAACAAUGCUUCUCUUAGAAACUUCACAAUAAAUGAGCUUCAAGCGGAGCUGAAAAAACGAGGUCAAGAUUCAACACAUGUUUUAGGCAACCCUACUGAAUUUGCUCCACCACCUCCUAUUGGAGGACAAAUAACUUUCCCAUCUUCUGGAAACUCUUCUAAUGGACAUGCGAACAAUAUGCAGUCAAGCAAUUCAUACUCUCAUUCUAGAAGCUCUACUAUGUCCAACGCUAAUAGUAUGAGAGCUUUUUCGAUUGCAGGUGGUGUGUCACUUGUUACAGUGGCUUCUUUUACUGAACCAAGCAUUAUUCCUGCAGUUACACAAACUGUUAUCGGUGAAUAUUUGUUUAAAUAUUAUCGUCGUUUAGGACACUUAGGUUUUGAAUCUAGGCAUGAAAAAUAUUUCUGGGUUCACCCAUAUACCUUGACGUUAUAUUGGUCAAGUACAAAUCCUGUAAUGGAUAAUGUUACUUCCAGAAAGACAAAAGGAGUUGCAAUAUUAGGUGUUGAAAGUAUUAACGACACAAAUCCAUAUCCAGUAGGCUUGUACCAUAAAAGCAUUAUUGUUAAAACUGAAGGUCGUUCUAUCAAAAUUACUUGUCCAACUCGACAAAGACAUAACGUUUGGUAUAAUUCUUUAAGAUAUUUAUUACAAAGGAAUUUAGAAGGUAUUGAUUUAAAUGAUGUAGCAGACGACCCAACUGAUAAUAUCCAUCCAGGUAACCUGUACCAUUUGUCCAACUCUUUUAAAAACCCAAAAAGUCCUCAGUCAGAGAAAACAAGAAAGAUAUCCAAAAAACUCUCGUCAAUAAAUCUUGACCCUAAUAGAGCUAGAUUACCUAACACUUCAUCGCCACUAUUAAAAAAUACUGGUUUUAAUUACCCUAAAUGA